ACGUGCCUGGACAUCCCCAAAUCCCCGCGCUCUGCCCUCUUCGGCCUCCGUCCGCCUGACCCCAGGGGCGGGGCUUCUCAGCGGCUGACCGGCCGCCGUCGCCGCGCUCUCCGGUGUGCCGCCUGUUGGCUCGCCAUGCCUCCGCCGCGGGGUGACGUGACCGCCUUGUUCCUGGGGCCUCCGGGCUCGGGAAAGUCCCCUCUGAUCGCAGCGCUGUGCGACAAAGAUGUGGAGAUGGUCGAAAUCCCCGACGGCCGGCCGGACUCCGGGAUCCCCAGCCUGCGAGCUGCGGGCCCAGGCCUCUUCCUGGGCGAGCUGAGCUGCCCACCUGCAGCGCCGGGGCCCUGGGCGGCCGAGGCCGACGUGCUGGUACUGGUGCUGCCCGGCCCCGAGGGGAAUGGGGAGCCCCUGGCCCCCGCGCUGGCCGAGGCAGCGCGGGCCGCCCUGGCCCGAGGGACCCCGCUGCUGGCUGUGCGGAACCUCCGUCCGGGGGACUCCCAGAAUGAAGCCCAGGCCCGGGAUCAGACCGCGGCCCUGCUGGCCAGCGCGGGGUUGGGAGCCGCGGCUCUCUUCGUGCUGCCGGCGGACUGCGGCAGCAGAGACGGCUGCGAGGAGCUCGAGCGCCUGCGGGCGGCGCUGCGGAGCCAGGCGGAGGCGCUGCAGAGGCUCCUGCCACCGGCUCAGGAUGGCUUCGAGGUGCUGGGCGCAGCAGAGCUGGAGGCUGUGCGCGAGGCCUUCGAGACGGGUGGCCUGGAGGCCGUGCUGUCGUGGGUUCGCGCGGGCCUGGAGCGACUGGGCAGUGCACGGCUGGACCUGGCGGUGGCCGGCACAGCUGACGUGGGCCUUGUGCUGGACAUGCUCCUCGGUUUGGAUGCCGGCGACCCAGGUGCGGUGCCUGCUACGGCGCCCGCGGAGCCCACGCCUUACCCGGCCCCAGAGCGCCCCAAUGUCGUGUUCUGGACCGUUCCUCUGGGCUCUGCGGGCACUGUGGCCGCCCCCCACCCAACCCACUACGACGCCCUCAUCCUUGUCACCUCUGGGGCCCCCACGGAGAAGGACUGGGCCCAGGUCCGGCCCUUGGUGCUACCAGAUGCGCCGCUGGUCUGCGUGCGAACAGACGGCGAGGGCGAGGAUCCAGAGUCUCUGGAAGAGGAGGAACAGGCGGAGAAGCCCAGCGGCCAGAGCUUAGAGAACGCAGGCGGAGGGGGGUUGGAGAAUGCAAGUAGUGAGGGAGGAGAGAAACUUGGCCCUGGAUCGCAGAAAGCAGGCAGCGGGGAAGGGUCAGAGAAAGCAGGCCGCGAGAGUUCGCAGGAGGUUGUCGUCGGCGUGAAGAAAUCGGGCGGUGGGGACUCGGAGCGGGCGGCCGCCUUGAGCCCAGAGGACGAGACGUGGGAGGUGCUGGAGGAAGCGCCGCCGCCGGUGUUCCCGCUGCGCCCGGGCGGUCUCCCCGGGCUCUGCGCGUGGCUGCGGCGCGCGCUGCCUCCGGCGCAGGCGGGGGCGCUGCUGCUGGCGCUGCCGCCCGCGUCUCCCGGCGCGGCCCGAACCAAGGCGGCGGCGCUGCGGGCCGGGGCGUGGCGGCCGGCACUGCUGGCUAGCCUGGCGGCGGCGGCGGCGCCCAUCCCGGGGCUAGGCUGGGCGUGCGACGUGGCGCUGCUGCGGGGUCAGCUGGCGGAGUGGCGGCGGGCGCUGGGGCUCGAACCGUCGGCGCUGGCACGACGCGAGCGCGCGCUGGGCCUGGCACCCGGGGAGCUGGCCGCGCGCACGCGCUUCCCCGGGCCGGUGACGCGCGCCGAAGUGGAGGCGAGGCUGGGCGCCUGGGCGGGCGAGGGCACGGCUGGGGGCGCGGCGCUGGGCGCGCUCUCCUUCCUGUGGCCCGCGGGCGGCGCGGCGGCCACCGGCGGCCUGGGCUACCGCGCGGCGCACGGCGUCCUGCUGCAGGCGCUCGACGAGAUGCUGGCCGACGCCGAGGCCGUGCUGGCGCCCCAUGCGCCCGCGCACUGAGGAGUGGGACGAAAGCCGGGGCUUCUGGGGGCGCCGGGGGCUCCAAGUCCUGGUUAGAGGGAGGGGGGCUGAGGGUCCAGACUCUGGCAUGGGACGUCUGGGCCUCUGAGAUAACAGCGGGGGGCCACCACGCGGAGUUCUGGAUGCUCGAGGGGGAAGAGGGCUCUGACUACUGGUUGGGAUGUGUGACUUUCAGUUACCUGGAUUCCUGGGUCCUGAAGGGGAAUAGAGUCUGGGGACAGACUCCAGAUUUGUCUGGGGACCACGGAGCAUGAUGCCCAGACUUGUAUCCUGAGGGAGUUGAGGGGUGGACUCCUAGAAGGGGGAUAUCUUCGUCUCCAAGGGAGUAGAAACUGGGGCUAUUGGAGGUCUAGUCUUCCAUGGGGAGAGGGAGUGGCAGCUCUGAUUCCUGAUGAAGGGGCGUCUCCAUCACACUGGGGAUCCCAGUGUGGAGAACGGGGUCUGAGUACCCCAGGGAGCUGGGACUCUUGGGCUUCUGAGUCACAAAGGGAUAUAGAGUCUAGGUUUCUUGGGGAAAAUGGCCUGUACCUCAAAUGGCCAGUUCCUCAAGAGGCAGGGGGCUUUGAAUCGUCACUGGGGGGAGGGGUGGUCUCUGGGGUCUCAGACUCCUGGCUCUCAGGAGGGCUGUGGACCUUGGUUCCUAAUUCCUAGGUGGUGGGAGGGCUACAUCUGGAGGAGGGAACAGAGCUGGAGACCAGUUGGUCCCUCUUGGUCUAAUAUUUGCUUCUUGGGGGGUGCCUGGUGACCCAGACUCCUUUCCCAGCUGUUGUGGGGAGGAUGGUCCCACAAAAAUGAGGGGAGGAGGCAAGAGGGGUGUGGUGGGCUCUGGGGAAAGCCAGAGACCAGGAAUGAGGCCUGGGUAUGGAAGGGGAGGAAGCCAUACCUCGGAGGAAUCUCCCACACACCCCUAAGGGAUGUGGAUCCUGGCAACUGCCUCUCUCUCUCUGAGUUUGCCCCGGAGGGGAUAUGACUACCCCAUUUUGUAGGUGCUGAGCAAUUCACCGGCUCUCUGGGGAUUCUGUUCCUCUGUCACUCUCUCCUUUAGGGGUUUCUAUCUUUUUUUUGGUCUUGGUUUCUUCUGUCAUUAAACCUUAACCCUUUCUGGCCUUGGUAUUUGGCACACCUGCCUUUCUGGAAGAGCAGCCAUAUUGCUGCCCUAAUUCAGACGUUUCUGUGUUGGCUACCUCAGGUAUCCCUAAGAGGCCCCGCCUUGGAGUACCCAGCACCCACAGAACAUCAGGGCAGUGUUCCAGACCGUGGGAAUGUGCCAUGAGUGAGGCAAAGACAGAAACCACAGUGCUUGGAAUGUUCUAGGCUGCCAGCUACAUGCAGAGGAGAAGCCACAGGUCACGGAAUUCUUCAAUGUCAAAAACAGAAAGCGGGGACCUGAGGGGCCAUCCAGUAGAAUCUCUUUUAUGAUAGAUGCGGAGAGCAAAGCCAGGAGAGGGCGGGCUCUAGAUCCAGCAGCACACAGCAAGGCCCUGUGUGGUCUGGCCUCUGCCUGUUCUCAUUCUCUGCCCCACCUCAUCCUCCAACCAGCUUGACAGAUCUUCCUUCUGAUGCUUGACUGUGCCAUCUUGGGUCCUGCCUCAGGGCCUUUGCACUUGCUGUUCUUUUUGCCUAGAAUGCCUGGCUCUGUCCUGUCAGUUAGGUCUCAGCUCAACUGUCCCCUCAGAGAGGUCUUCCCCACCGCUUUUACUGAAGUAGCUCACACACCCCAUCAUUCAUCUCAGUCAGUUAAUUUUCCUGAUAGCAAUUAUUACUAUAGAAAAUCACCUUAUUUAUUUAUUUAUUUGUUUAUCAGUUAUUAUCCCUUGCCUGUCUUGUUCCCUGCUGUACCCCCAGCACCUAGAAUAGUGCUUGAUAAGUGCUUAAUAAGCACAACAGGUGCUUAUUAAAUAGUAUUUUAAUUCAUUUGUCAAUGGCAGAACCAGGUCUGAAAUGUAGAUUGCCAGCCUCUUGCCACCAGACAGGGGAAAGAAGCGAGAUGGGGAGAAACAAACCUCUCAUGGGAGAGAAAGCCCUUGUCUGACCUGGGAAGCGAGCACAGCUUUGCCACUGUCACUCUGGGUGACUUGGACCAGUGCCUUAUUUUCCCAUCUGUGAAAUAAAAGGGCUGGAUGAGAACCACACGUGUAUCCAAGAUCCUCUUUCCUCCAACAGCUGAAGACCAGGGUCACCAAUCUGAGGGGCAGACACUUGAGGGAUGGUACCCCCGUCUCCAGCUUGAAUUCCCACCAGUGGCCCAAUUUGUCCCAUCAAAGGCGAGAGGCCCAUUGCUCUGUACCGAAUGGCUCCAGCAUUGGCCCCCGAGCUCUUGCAGCCUUAGGGUAAUGUUGUUCAUCUGGAUCUGUGAUACUCAGUACAGCACCGUCUCCCCUCUCCUCAAUCUAGCCUUCAGGCCUUCCCAUCAAGCGUGCCAGAGCGGGAGAGCCACCGAGCGGCACUGUCCAGUCGAAACAGAAUGCAAGCCACGUAUGUGAUUUUAAAUUUUCUUGUAGCCACAUUAAAAAAGUAAAAGGAAACAGGUGAAACGAAUUAUCAUAUGUUUUACUUAACCCAAUAUAUCCGAAAUAUUAUCAUUUGAACAUGUCAUCAAUGUAGAGAAGUGUUAAUGAGAUAUGUUGCAUUCUUUGAUGCUAAGUCUUUGAAAUCUGGUGUGUAUUUUAUACUUACAGCCCAUCGCAAUUCAGAUGGUAAAUUUUCAUCAGAAAUACUUGACCUCUAUUUAGAUUUCCUAAAAUUCAUAUUUGGAGAAGGAGAUUCAUAUACCCAAGUUGUCCCAAUUAUAUUGAAUAGUUUUCCAAUAACUGAGAUGAGUAUCAAUUUUUAAGCUAAUUAAAAGUAAAAUUUAAAAUGCACUUUCCCAGUUGCACUAGCCACAUUUCAAGGGCUCAGGAGCCAAAAGUGGUGAGUGGCUAUAGCACUGGACAGCACAGACCUAGAACAUUUCCAUUGUCACAGGAAAUCCUAUUAGCACAGCUCUAGCCUCACACAGUCCUUCUACUGACCUUGGGAGUGACCUUGGGUGAGGCACUCCGCAGAUGGCAUCUACCUCACAGGGUAAUUGUGAGAACAUGGUGUGUGUGCAAAUAUACAUGCAUUCCCCCUCACACGUCAGCAUGCUGGAACCCCUCCUGAGAAGGCUGGUGCACUGGGAGCUCAAAGGUUAGCCUCCUUGCCCUUGCCCACAUGCCCUCAGCCCCUGGCAGCACCCAGGCGACUCUAGUCUGGGCACCUUCUGUCUCACCUGCAUGCCUUUGCUCACAGAGUGCCCUCCUCUUUUUCUGCUACUUUGACGCCAUCUCUGGUUUGGUCCUGCGUGACGUCUCUGCCCUCACGCCAAUGGCGAUCGUGCCAGAGGUGGUAUCUGAGAAAGCAAGACCCACUUUUGUUUGCAUGGCUCUGUCCAUUGGGGAGUGCUGAUUGUGUUUAUGUAGUUAUAGGCCAGCACUCUUGGGUGUCACGUCUACUUUUUGGGGUGGUUGCCUUUUAAAUCGUGACUUUCAGUGGGAUUGAAUUUUAGGCUUUGUGGAAGCAUAAAGUUGCCAGUGAGGCAUCUGUCUCUGGGAGCAUCCAAGCAGAAAAGACUAAGACUCCCUUGUGCACUGACCGCUGUCUGCCAUCAGGGUGUGAAUAUGUGGCACCUCAAGGCUGGAAGACCCUCGAAGGCAAGAAUUCAAAGAAGUGUAUGAUGAAUCUUAGCAUUGCCAUCGCUAGAAGCAGAAUAGACACAAAAAACUCAAGUAGAUGAGACAGUCUCAUCACCUUAGCUGAGUUUCGUACACUUCUGGAUAAUGAUGGAGGGACUUGUGUCCACUGGAGUGGGGAACCAUGAAGGGCAAAUCAAGGGUGUGGUUGGCCUGUGGUGCUUCCUGGAGGAGUGAAUAAAAAUGAGUAGAAAUCC